AUGCAAUCAACGCUGGUGAUUCUUGGCACAGCACUCUCACUGCAGGAUGCCGAUCAUGUAUGCUCGGCCAUCGCCAAACCCAUCAAUUUCACAAGAAUAACGGAAUUCCCCCUAUUCAAUGAGACCGACGUGGACAAACUUCUCUCGGAUCUGGUCGACAUGUCGGGCUGUGAAAUCCCACCUGCCAAACGCUACAAGCUAACAGGACGAGCUCGAUUUUCCGUUGACGUCGUCAAACGCCUUGCCUCGCGCUGCUCUUCUAAGGCCUCGAAACAAGCGAUUCUAGCUAGUGCUGUCGACCUGUCGAUUGAGCAGACAUUAACUCAACUCCGGGCCGGGGUUUGCGAAAUCCUCGAGAGCGACAAUACAGGCGAGGCAGCUCGACUUCUUUGCCGAAUGGUCUUGGCCUAUCGUCUCUCAGGUGCCAAAAUUUCGUUCUCGAGCCAACAGCAGUCCGACUUUGUGGACAAGGCCUUGUGCAGACUAACACCACAUCCUGAUGGUAUUCAUUUGAUCAUGGACGAGCCAAUGGUACUCGAGGCGGUGCAGGAAGAGUUAAAGGCUUCAUGCAAGGAUCCGUCGUUCGUUGAGUACCUGGAUCAACUCUACCAAGUUGUCACCAACUUCGGCGUGGCUUCAACGUCAAAGGAGAAUGCACUGGAACCCCUUGUCCGUCGAUCACUUCAACGCUUCAACGGCUACCGUCUUGUUGAUCUUCCGUUCCUUCGAGGUGUCGCAUUGCCCACCUGGUGUAUCACUCUCCGGUUACAAAUUGACAGUAUUGACACAGCCAAAGGGUUCGGAUACACCAUCGGUGGAGUUCGCGCAGACCUCGCCUUCCUCACCAAAUGCCCUCCAAACAAGAUGCUUAUUGCCUGCUCAGGCACACGUCCGGAUGCAGCCUGGUUUUUCUCUAACAGAAAGUAUGCCGGCUCUCUUGCGAUCAAGUUUUUCAGCAGACGCUUUUCAGCCGAGAUGCAGCAGUCAAAUGAAACCUCCAGUGAUAUUCGAGCUUGUUUCUUGCAAGCGAAUGGCACCUUGAACGAAUCCUUGGCAAAUAUUCGAAGCGACUAUGAGGCUUCGGGUACUCCGUCCAACCUCAGGGGUAUCCUCCGCAUCCAUACCGAGUUCCAUAACGUCAAGAGGGGUAUGCCAACUUCCCACAUCAAGAAAGACUCCGUGACUCGCGCCGAGGAUGUGAUGGUGUAUAUCACCCUUUUGAACAUGGACGACUUUUUCUUUGAGGGCAUCCCAGAGCACAAGGACGAUAUGGUCCAAUUGAAAAAGAUUAUCAGAUAUGUUUGCCAGGAAUAA